AUGGAGACGCGUCUCGAGGGCGUGGGAGGGGUUGUCUGGACUAGCAGGACCUGCGAAAGCGCGGGGGACGCAAGGGACGGCGUGGCUCGAGCUUUGGUCUUCCUCGACACUCCUCCUCUCCUCCCGACACUCUACCACUCACUACACUCUCUCUCGACACUUGCUGUUGUUCCAGUCCAAGUCGCUCUUUCCACCACCCACCACCACCCCGGCUUCGUCUUUCUCCCCCGUCUCGACUUCCCUUACCCCCCCUCCGACCCUCCAUCCACCAUGUCCGGCGAGAUUGGAAUUGCCAACCUGCCUAACCAGAGGCACAAGAUCGUCAACCAGCGUGGUGCUCACUUCACCAUCAUGGUUGUCGGCGAGUCUGGCUUGGGAAAGACUACCCUCAUCAACACUCUUUUCGCUACCGAGAUCUGUGCUCCUCGCAACUACCGUCAGCGCUUCGCCAAGCAGCUCGACAAGACGACCGAGGUCGAGAUCCUCAAGGCUGACCUUGAGGAGCGUGGAUUCAACAUCAAGCUCACUGUCAUCGACACCCCCGGCUUUGGCGACUAUGUCAACAACCGCGACAGCUGGGUCCCUAUCGUGGAGUUUAUCGAUGACCAGCACGAGUCCUACAUGCGCCAGGAGCAGCAGCCCCUCCGUCGCGAGAAGCAGGACCUCCGUGUGCACGCCUGUCUCUACUUCAUCCGUCCCUCGGGCACGACGAUCAAGCCCCUCGACAUUGAGGUCAUGAAGCGUCUCGGCACUCGCGUCAACCUGAUCCCCGUCAUUGCCAAGGCGGACACGAUGACUCCGGAGGACCUGCUUGCGUUCAAGCAGCGCAUUCGUGAGGUUGUCCGCGCGCAGGGCAUCAAGGUUUACUCGCCCCCCAUCGACAACGAGGACGAGGCUGCCGCCGAGAACGGCCGCCUCAUGCAGGCGUGCAUGCCCUUCUCCGUCAUUGGCUCAAUCGAGGACGUCCCUACCAGCGACGGCCGUGUCGUCAAGGGCCGCCAGUACCUGUGGGGUGUUGCCGAGGUUGAGAACGAGGACCACUGCGACUUCAAGAAGCUCCGCUCGCUCCUGAUCCGCACGUACAUGCUCGACCUGAUCCGCUCAACGGAGGAGACCCACUACGAGUCGUACCGCCUGCAGCAGAUGGAGACGCGCAAGUUUGGCGAGCCCAAGGUCAAGAAGCUCGACAACCCCAAGUUCAAGGAGGAGGAGGAGGCGCUGCGCAAGCGCUUCACCGAGCAGGUCAAGCUCGAGGAGUCGCGCUUCCGCCAAUGGGAGCAGCACCUCAUCGCCGAGCGCGACAGGCUCAACAAGGACCUCGAGCAGGCCCACACGAGCAUCAAGGCGCUCGAGGCCGAGAUCGACAACAUGGCCGCGUACCACCGCCAGGGCGGCACUGUCCGUCGCUAG